GCGCUGCUGUCCGACAUGAGUUCAGUGGUCUGUGGAAUGUUUGGUUAAGUAGAAGUGCACGGGCUGGUAAUGAAAGUAAUCUUGUAGUGGUAAAAGUGCUUUAAAUAAGUUCCUGAACGCUAAAUAAGAUCGAUGAUCUGAUCGGAAGGAGCAGAGGAGGAUCUACGGAAACUGUUGGAACAUUAAAUUUAAAGUCACGUCGGAACAAAAAGGAAGACAACGGGCGAACAGUGAAUCCGGUGGCAUUUAUCAUUCAACCCCAUCGGAACUGGUUUCCCUGUAAGCUGACGUUAGUUGUGGUAAGAUCUAUAUGGUUCCGUCCUCGCCUUCCUGGGAACAAAGACGCCAAAUGUGUCCUCUGAUGUUUCAUGGAUUCCAUGUGAUGGUGUGAGGAUGGGACAGGGUGGUGCUGGAAGUGACUGCAGCCCUGGAGGCUGAUGAACCCGCUCCAUUGGCCAGUCAGGAUGCACAUAGCCUCAGUGGGUGUCAGCAAGUUCUGCUUCCUGUUUUCUCUUGCAUUCUGUGCCCUCCUGCUUUUGCUCAUCCCCAACCUCCAGCCCCCAGCGCGCCAGGUCGACCUGCCUCAGCCCCGACCCCAAGUCAGACCCGUGCAGGCAGGCCCAUCACACCAUGUCGGGGUUCCAGCAGUGUCUGUCCACACAGGGGAAACACGCUCUGCCACAGAGCUAAACAGAAGCUCAGCAGGGCAGGGGAGAUCCAUCAAGACUGAAGGUAGUAGGAAUGAUAUCAAUAGCCCCAAAAGGGGGAUGGACUCUGAGAGAGGAGCUCUGUCUGGAGGAAAGGGUGGUAGACUUUCAGGGUCUAGAUCACGGGACCUUUUAGAGUUAAAGGACAUUUUUAUUGCAGUAAAGACUACCAGGAAGUAUCACAAGUCCAGAUUGGAGCUGCUGAUUCAGACCUGGAUUUCCCAAGCUAUAGAACAGACCUAUGUAUUUACUGAUGGUGAGGACAAGGAGCUGCGGAUGAGAACAGGAGUGAACCUCAUCAACACGAACUGCUCAGCAGCCCACACCCGACAGGCUCUGUGCUGCAAGAUGUCUGUGGAGUACGAUAAAUUCAUCGAGUCCCAGAAGAAGUGGUUUUGCCAUGUGGAUGAUGAUAACUACGUGAUCCUGCCAAGCCUGCUGCGGCUGCUCUCUUCCUAUCACCACAGCCAGGAUGUGUACCUGGGCCGGCCCAGUCUGGAUCAUCCUAUAGAGGCUGCAGAGAGGGUCAAGAGUGACGGAUCGGUGUCUGUCAAGUUCUGGUUUGCCACAGGCGGAGCAGGUUUCUGUAUCAGCAGAGGCCUGGCACUGAAAAUGAGCCCAUGGGCUAGUUUGGGGAAUUUCAUCAGCACAGCGGAGAAGAUCCGACUACCAGACGACUGCACCAUUGGCUACAUCAUCGAAGCGCUGCUAGAGGUGACCCUAACACACACACACCUCUUCCACUCUCACCUGGAGAACCUGCAGAAGCUGCCCACUGACACUGUGCUGGAGCAGGUCACUCUGAGCUUCGGAGGCUUUGAAAACAGAAGAAAUGUGGUCAGCAUUGUUGGAGGCUUUUCACUGGCUGAGGACCCCACAAGGUUUAAGACAGUCCACUGUCUUCUGUAUCCAGAUACUGACUGGUGUCCAAAGCUGGAACAUCGCCACAGAAACUGAAAACCACUGUUUUUAUCCUGCAGUACUGAUACCUGCUAAAAUGUAUUCCACUGCUUCACCCUGCCAUGUUUGGAUCAACCCUCGAUCAAGCUGGAAAAAUAUGUCAUGUCACACAUCAUUUGGUGGAUGUCUAUCCAAAGCAGUCUCACCUCAUACUUCAUUAAUGCACAGCGCUAGUGGUAGUGCAACCCUCAGAGGCAGAGUCUUUCAGUAGGCAACAUUUAUAUAAUUCAUCAAGUCAGUCUGAAAAGGUGGAGCCAAAGGACGACUUUUUCUGGCUACAACAGCAUGACAGUGAGUAAGGGGCCGUACACAUGCCGCGUCUUUAACCACUUGGCGAAUGCAAGGUUGGGCAGUGGGGGCUACUCUUGUGCUUAAUCUGUGCCAACUGCACGGAGGCAGGUUUCUAAGUGCUAAGCUAAGUUGCUAAGCUUACCAAAAAUCCUGGGAGCUUAUCUUCUUCCAGGCAUUGUUUUAUAAGUGUGUAUUAGGCCAAAAAUAUUGUCCAUGGGACAGAUGUAAAGCUCUGUAUAGCCCUGCACUUAAAUAAUUAACUUCUGCUCCAUAUUUGCUACAGACUGAUAUUUAUGGAAGAAGGGAACGAUAUCAGCUGGCUGUGAUUGGUUGUUCCUUGUCAAAUGACAUGCAGUGCAUGCUGCCACCUUCCAAAAGUUGAACUCUGUUUAUCUCAGGGCACAGCCAUUGUGCCUAUCUAGUAACGCACCUAGCUAGUAACCUAGUCUACCAGUGUUGUGUCAAAACAAAUUUGCUGAUGAAAAUAAUUAAGAGUGCAUAUUUACAGUUAAGGCUUUUGCACACUGAGUCGUCUUUUUUUGCUUUUUCGUCCAAAAUUGUAGCACAUUUAAAAGAUAGAUUAAAUCUUAUGUUGUCUCAAUCGUGUUCGCGCACUAACUAUGUAACUUUCAUCUGUCAUUAAACUUUUCAGAACAGGUUAGAUUUUCUACUUUUUUUCACAUCCGUCAAAAGCCUUUAGACUAAAUAAAAUAGAGAGGAACAGGGUGUGCAGUAUCAUUUCAUAACUCAGGUAGGUUGCUUUCAAUAAGUCAGACAGUAAUACUGAGGGGAAUGAUGAUGAUGAGGAGGAGAAUGUAAUAAAAGAUGAAGGCUGCACAGAAAGAGAGAGACAAUGUGGAGACAGAGAGGGAGGACAGCUCAGCCUCUUCAGGCAACUGUGGUGCCAAAUGCAAGACAGAGAAAGUGGUGACAGUCAGGGAGGGAGCUCCAUCAGAGAGAUGUAAGAGAGCAAAUGUGUCUUUUCAUUUUGUCUCGUAUUGCAAAUUUUCUCAACAAUCAGUCUGCAGACAUGUGCAAGGUUUCAGUAUGUAAAAAAAAUUUAUUGACUGAUUUUAAAAAAACGCAUCCAAUAAAACCCAGCAGACAUCCAGAGGGAGCUUGGAGUAGAGCCACUGCACCUUGGCGUCGAUAGGGGUCAGUUGAGGUGGGUUGGGUAUCUGAUCAAGAUGCGUCCUGGUUGCCUCCCGUUAUAGGUGUUCAGGCACUUCUUCCUACUGGUUGGAGGCCAGACCCAGAACAUGCUGGAGGGAUUACAUAUCUCAUCUGGCCUGGGAACUCCGUGGGAUCCUCCAGGAGGAGCUACAAAGUGUCGCUGGUGAGAAGGAUGUCUGGGGUGCUUUGCUUGGCCUGCUGCCCCCACAAACCGGCCCCGGAUAAGCGGAUGAAAAUUAAUGGAUGGAUGAAUAAAAAAAAAAAAAAAACCUGACUCAGUGUGCAAAGGCGUUUACAGUGCCACAUUUCUACUAGUUUCCAUCUUUCCUACUUCCCAGGUCGGAGCUGGCAAUGACAUCACAUCCAAGUAGAUUGUGUUCCAGUACAAGUUUGAAAACCAAGAUGUUGUUAGCAGUACCAGCUCAAGCAAUGCCAGUUGACAACAAUGCACUAUACUGUAUUAUACAAACAGCGUAGCAACAGGUCCACCGAGAGAAGCUGGACAGUACUGUGUGUAUGACUGUUAAUAAGACACAAAUAAGGCAGAAGUGCUAAUAAACAGUAUAUUACUAUAGCUUUCUCUACUGAAUAUGCAGUGAGCAGCCAUAUGGGAUUUUCAGGUCAGAGUUAGUGAGGUUCCUCCGACUUUCUGAGUUGGAAAUCUGACUUCAGGGGGCGUUCCAGUUAAAAUUUCUGAGUGGGAACUCAGAAAUCCUGACUCCCCAGUAUGAUUGGAACACACAAAUAGAGUUUCUUCCCAAAUGUUCAUAUUUGCAGAUGGCUAAAUGGUGCUCUGAAGUCUACUGGCUCUUUGGUUCAACCAAUUAUAACGUCUACAAAAAAAUAGUUCAGGAACUCCAUUCUGCAUGUCAGUGGCACUGCAGAGAACCACUUCAGACAAAUGCUACAGUAUGUGAAGGACCUACUCUGCUUCUUAGGGCAUAGAUGUUUGAGCGUUAAAUAAAAGGCCCACAAACCACUGACUCUUACUGUAAGUCACCUCUCUAUUCGGUCACUGUUGACAUGUUACCCCAAAGUCAAUAUAAAACCAAGGUCAUUUCUUUACAGUGAAUGAUUGUUGAGGUACUUUUAAGAAUCUGGUUAAAAUACGUUGAAUUUAUCAUAAUUGUUUGGUCUCAAACAUGAAUUGAACUGAUUUUUGAUUUGAAGGUUUGAAUGCUGCAUGGGCACACAUUUAUUUCAGUGUGUUGUUAUUGAUGUGAUGCCCUCCGAUUCUCAGCCAAAUACCUUCUCCUUGUAUUAGCCUAUUUUUAACUGGCCCAUCUUUAUGGUUUUGCACUACUUUGAACUUUGUUACUUCCUGUCGGUUACUGAUUGUAGUUCCGUUUUUCAGUGUUGGUGUAAAUAUGAGUGAACUUCAUGAUGUAUUCUUUCUUUGCAUAGGUUGUAGUUUUUGUUCUACAUAUGCUUCUUUAAUGCAGUGAUACUGUAGAGGCAGAUAUAAUGAGUUUGUUGGAGUUAGUGGAGCCGAAGAUAACUCAACUACAUUGCACUGAAAUUUGGUGCAGAUAUUAUUUGCCCCCAAAGAGUGUUGCUAAUAAUUUUAGUUUGGCGCUGCCAGCCGGACAAAUUUCUCUGUUGACUACCUUGGUUCAUAAGGUUUCACACUGCAAAAAAAUGCCCUUUUCGUUGAAAAAAGCAAAUAUGGCUGCCAGUGCAUUAAGUGAAUUUCAUUUAAUGGGAUUUCUUAAAGGGACAGUUCACCCCAAAAUCAAAAAUUCAUAUUUUUCUUCUGACCUGUAGUACUGUUUAUUAGUCUAGAUAGUUCUGGUGUGAGUUGCCCAGUGUUGGAGAUAUCAGCCGUAGAGAUGUCACACCAAAACUAUCUAGAGUUAUAAAUAGCACUGCAGGCAAUAGGAGAAAUAUGUGUUAUUGGUUUAUGGGUGACCUGUCCUUUUAAAAUAAUUUAGGAUGCCAGCUACCAGAUAUAUUCAAAUAAAAUUACAAGUGAAUUAAUAAAUACCAGAAGAUUAAAUGACCUAAAAUAAGAUUAGUUAUAUUCUUGUUUCCAGAAAACUUACCGGCAAGACCCGAUUGCCAUUUAACACAACCAAUGUGACCUUCAAGUUGGUAGGCAUGUGUGCUCAGAUAUUUUUUAGCAAACGUUAGCAUGAUAGCACUCUUAACUGGUAUACUGAACAGUGGCAUAGUGGUAGUUGUUGAGGUGGGUGCACUGCCAGGUAGAUGGGUGGUUACCAAGGACAAAGUGGGUGUAGUCUCCUAUAUAUUCCAAUGGCUUUUUGGCUAAAAGGUGGGUAUACAUUAAGCAGACAGAAAAAGAGGUGGAUACACCCUGUAUACCUGUGUACACCUUUCACAACACUUCUGAAUAUUGGAAAGAUACCUGCAAAACAUCAGCAUGUUCGCAUUUAGCACAAGCAUCAAUUUGUCCAAGUACAGCCUCUGAGUUGUGUCUAGCAAAUCCAGUAAAAAAGUUCUGUAAAGAUGCUUUUGCUAAAAAUGAAAUGAAGACAAGCCUUACUUUCCACAGCCAUGCUAUAGUUUUCUAAGUAUGCCAGUUAGUCUGCUGACCCCCCACACUAUAAAUGCUCAUGAUAAAAUGGAAAAAGAAGUUCUUGUAGACAACAUUUAAACUUAGAUGUCCAGACCUCUGAUCCUUCCUUAGACUUCAGGUUUCCCAGUUUGCUCACUUUUUCUUUGAUAAAACAGAUUCUUUGGCUCCAGCCACUCCAUUCACACCAACCAGCAACAGUAUUUCUGCCUGUAAACAGUACUUGUGUAAAACACUCAUCUACCUUUUUGCACACAAGCAAAGAAUCCAAAAUCCAGAGCAUGUGCUCCACUGCAGGUCAGUGGCAGAGAGUGAGUGAGAGAGUGAGUGAGUGUUUUUGUGAACCCUUUACCGCUGAUGUAUUAUUGUGUUGUUUCAAUAACAAUAAAACCA